AUGACCACAGGAGCACCUGAAGCGCUCAGUAUGGCGGUACGUCUCCAGGACAGAGUGGUCCUAAUUACUGGCGCCGGGGGGACCAUCGGGCUAGAGUCGGCAAGUCGUCUCCUACAGGAGGGUGCUCGUCUUAGUCUACUGGACAUCAGCACUACUGCUCUAGACAAGGCUAUGGAGCAGCUGAAACCCCUCAUACCAGCCGACCAGGAGGCCUCGAGCCGAAUUAUUGCUAUCAAAACAGACGUGACGGUAGCGGCGGAUAUGGAAGCUGCAACGGCUAAGACGGUCGACACCUUUGGGCGACUAGACUGCGCGUUUCUCAACGCUGGCAUCAGCUACAGCUCCACGAGCAUAUUCGACACGACUGAGGAACUCUAUGAAAAGCUGAUGGCAAUAAAUGUUAAGUCAGCAUUUCUUGGCAUUCGAGCAACAGGCAAAGCAAUGCGGGAUCUGGGGAAUGGUGGUAGCAUCAUCAUUACCUCUUCGAUUGCUGGUCUACGAGGUACGCCAGGGCUCAUUCUAUACUCUGGGUCGAAGUACGCCGUACGAGGUUUUGCCCAAACCGCAGCGAAUGAGCUUGGUCAGUACGGCAUCCGUGUCAAUACAAUCCAUCCAUCGGGCGUGGAUGGCGUUAUGUUCCGCAACACCUGGAGCCCCGAGAAACUUCAGAGCCUCCUGGAUGCAAUGCCUCUGGGAAGAUUUGCUCAAGCGUCGGAUAUAUCUAGUGUAGUUGCCUUCUUAGCUAGUGAUGAUUCUAAGUUCAUGACAGGGGGGUUUAUGAAGGUGGACGGAGGUUGCAUAAACUUCUGA